AUGUAAUUUACAAAAUUGAAAAUUUAAGGCAAUCUUUAUUCUUUAAUAUUGCGCGACUAUUAAUUUUAUAAUUUGAUUCAAUUAUACUUAGCCAGCUUAAAUAUGAAAUAAAAAAAUAGUUAGUUUAAAUAUUAGGAAGUGGGGGUUCUUCAAUUGAUUUAAAAAUUCUAGAUACUAAUUUCUAUUCCAUUACAAAUUAUCCAUCAUUAAUAUCCUUCAAAGCAGAGAAAUUUCUCAAUUUUUAUAUAUAAAACUUAGAAAUCUGAGACUUAAGUAUUUUAAACUCAGUGCUUUUUAAUAUUACAUGCACUGAACAGGAGGGGGAUGAUAUCAUUAUUAAUAAUUUUUAACUUUAGAAUUGUAUAUUUAUUAUUUCAACAUUAUUUCUAUUUUUAAACACUAGAAGAAACAUUAUAAUUAAUAAUUUUGCCAUUAAUUCUUGCCAAUUUUAUAAUUCAUUAAUCAUAGAUUUAAUUAAUCAAAAUGUUGAAUCAAAAUUAUUAUUUAAUAAAGUAUUAAUAAAAAACUCUCUAUUUCCUAAUUCAAUGUUAAUUAAAAGAAUUGAUAAAACAACCAUAUCAAUCAAUUAAGUUUUAAUGA